CACAGCAGGAGAUAAAGAAACGGGUUGAUAUUCACAGGAAAAUGUUUGGCACUGUGUAUGGAUUGAUAUGGAUGACCGUUACCGCGAGCUUGUUGAUCUCAACGGGACAUCCCUCACCCGCACCGAUGCCUGACCAGUAUGCCAGAGGACUGGAUUGGUUGAGCCGGUAUGGUUACCUCCCUCCUCCUGACCCUCGCACGAACAAGCUGCAGACGAAGGAUGGGGUUGAGCGGGCGAUUCGGGAGAUGCAGAGAUUCGGAGGGCUCGAGGAAACGGGCAGACUGGAUAAAGACACUCUCAAUCUCAUGCAGACGCCUAGAUGCUCUCUCCCUGACAUUGUGGGAUCGGAGGACAUGUUGAAAAGGAAGAGGAGGAGGAAGAGAUACGCCCUGUCAGGCCUUCGCUGGGAUAGGACCGACCUAACAUGGAGUGUCCACAGUUACCCAAACCCAUCCCGCUCGACCUCUGUCUUCCACCCGGACAUGGUGGAGGGAAUCCUGACUCUGGCCUUCAAGGCCUGGAGUGACGUGACCCCCCUCAGCUUCCGACAGCUCUCUGGGAGCGACAGAGAAGAUAAGGGGCCCGGAGGGGACAUCCGAGUGUCUUUUACCCGCUCGCUCCAUGACGACGGGUACCCUUUCGACGGUAGAGGGGGCACCCUUGCCCACGCCUUCUUCCCGGGGAGGGAUGACGUCGCCGGGGACACGCACUUCGAUGACGAUGAGUACUGGAGCUAUGGAGGGGACAGCAGUAGCAUAGACCUCUUCACAGUGGCAGUGCAUGAGUUUGGCCACGCCCUGGGUCUGUCCCACUCCUCCUCAGAUCCCUCCAUUAUGAGGCCCUACUACCAGGGAGCUGUGGAAGACAUCUCAUCCUACAACCUCCCUCUGGAUGACAGGAUGGCCAUUCAAGAGCUCUACGGGAGGAAGAAGAGCAAGCCUACAGUCCACCAUGGUGACAGUGGUUCAACUCCCAGUCACCCUCGCCUGGCCAGUCCUCCACCUCCAAGGCCAACAAAACAUUCGGACCACUCUUUCCAAAAUCGUUGUGAGGGCGGAUUUGAUGCUGUGGCAAAUAUCAGAGGAGAGGUCUUCUUUUUUAAGGGUCCACAUUUCUGGAGGAUGCAGAGGACAGGUUAUCUUGUCUCCCUCAACCCAGCCCUGAUUAGAAACUUCUGGAUGGGGCUCCCCCCUGAAACCAACAAGAUCGAUGCCGUUUACGAGAGGAAGAGCGACGGCUUCAUCAUCUUCUUCAUAGGGGCUCAGUACUGGGUGUUCAAAGACACUGUGGCCCGCCCCGGCUACCCCAGGCCUCUGGCAGAGUGGGGGAUGAGGACCAAGGACGGCGGGAAAGUGGAAAGAGUGGAGGCUGCCUUCGUGUGGGCCCACAACGGGAAGACCUAUCUAUUCAGCAUGGGUGAGUUCUGGAAGUUCGACGAGGGCCGCAAGGAGGAGGGGAGGAAGCCGGAAGGGGGCUACCCCAAAGACGCAGCCCUCUGGAGAGGGGUGCCAACGGACCCCGAUGACAUCAUCAGCUGGGGAGAAGGAGAUGCUUACUUCUUCAAGGACAACCUCUAUUGGGUCAAGCAGAGAGGAGGACUGGACCAAGAUAAUGUCACUCCAAAAUCCAUUGCGGUGGAUUGGCUCAGGUGUCCACAAGUACCCACACCUACACCCCACCUUCCAGCCAAUCCUCAUCCAAGGGGAAAAGACUGCAGCUGUGACUUGAGCAGAGCAUCUGCAAGGCCCAUUUGCAGUUGGUUGAUCCUGCUAUCUGUCGUGGUAGUAUUCACCUGAUUUGUUUUAAAUAAACAAGUUAAUAAUAUUAGUAAAACACAGUCAUGUCUACUCCUUUCUGAAAAGUUCAUUAUUUGAAAUGUAUGUUUUGAGUAAGGGUGACCCUCUCUCUCUGCUAUAGUCCUGCACUUAUACCGACCCAUCGACCCAUCUCUAGGCUCCCUUGUCUGGCAAAGAUCCUAGAAUCUAUAGUCAACAAACAGUUACAGUCUUUUCUUUCUGCUAACAGUAUUCUUAGCACCAAUCAAUCUGGUUUUAGAUCUAAACACAGUACCACAUCGGCCACUAUGCUUGUUGUAAAUGAUAUUGCAAAUGCCUUAGAUGAUAGAACGCACUGUGCUGCGUUGUUUGUAAAUUUGUCAAAAGCUUUUGACACUGUAGACCAUGCUAUCCUUUUGAGUAAGCUGUCAUCUAUAGGAGUGGGCACUGAUGCCUGCCGAUGGUUUUAUGACUAUCUUAAAGAUAGAACUCAGGCCGUCAUGGUCGAUGGGGUCAAGUCUGACUCCUUACAGUUACUUAAAGGGGUGCCUCAGGAUUCAAUAAUUGGCCCACUAUUGUUCUCACUUUAUAUAAACAACAUUGGUGAUGAUGUCAAAUAUUGUAAAUUCCAUUUAUAUGCAGAUGACACAGUGAUGUACUCUAUUGCUCCAACAGCGGACCAAGCUUUAAUGCAGUUGGAGUCUGAUUUUAAGAUACUACAGGGGUCUCUUUUACAGCUUAAACUUGUUUUAAACGCUAAGAAAACAAAUGUCAUGUUUUUUUCUAGGUCUAAACUCUCAGUUAGAAACACUUUUGUAAUCACUAGCUUGGAUGGUACUCAAAUCAAACAGGUCUCUGCAUAUAAAUACUUAGGGGUAUGGUUAGAUGAUAAGCUUUCUUUUAAAAAACAUGUUACUGAAUUGGGAAAAAAGCUCAAAUUCAAGAUAGGGUUCCUUUACAGAAACAGGGCUUGUCUGUCCUUUGUAAAUAGAAAACAAAUUGUGCAGGCUACUUUUAUGUCCGUUUUAGAUUAUGGUGAUAUUAUCUAUAUGCAUGCAUCGGCAAACACAUUAAAACCACUGGAUGCUAUUUA